GGCCUCCCACUGCUGUGGCCUCUCCCGUUGCGGAGCACAGGCUCCGGACGCGCAGGCCCAGUGGCCAUGGCCCACGGGCCCAGCCGCUCCGCGGCACGCGGGAUCCUCCCAGACCGGGGCACGAACCCGCGCCCCCCGCAUCGGCAGGCGGACUCUCAACCACUGUGCCACCAGGGAAGCCCUAGGACCUUCGUUUUUAAUAUAACGUAAUUUAACUGUGAAACAACUGACUCACAAAAUUCUGAAAAUUUGACAGCUGGCUCUCAGAAACUGGUAUAGGCUGGCUCCUGCAUCUCAGUGUGUCCUUCCCCUUGUCCAGACCUCCCCUUGCCCUUGAACAUCACCCCCUGAAUCUCCCCAUCCGUCCACUGAGCAUGAAAAUCUGCCACAUCUCCAUGGAUCCCCUCAAACAGCCUAGGAAGGAGGAACUAGGAUUCUCCCCAUUUUACAGAAGAGGAAACUGAAGCUCAGAGAGGUGAAGUCACCUGUCCCAGGUCUUACAUGAGGAUCUGAGAUUGGAACCCAGGCCUGAAUUAGAAAGCCACGUUCUUACCACUAAGUUACGCUAUCCUUGAGAUCACAGCGGGGUUCUGGGGGAAUCCCAUGCCCCAAACUCCCACCCCUGCAGACCUGUCCUGGCAUCUGGAAGUCCCCCGUCAGUCACCCUUUGUGGCUCCUGGUAGCUGAGGGAAGGCAUUGGGACUUGGGAGAGUGACAAAGCCGAACCCAGCUUGCAGAGAGCAAGGACACAGCAGAGCUGGAACCCAGGACAGAGAGAGAUGGCUGGGACAAGGAGCUGGAAUUUACUGGGCACUCAGUCCAUGCCCAGCCCCACACCAAAUGCUUUAUCUGCCUGAUCAUAUUCAGGCCUCACAACAACCUGUGAUGUUGGGACAAUUAUUAUCCCACUCUACUGCUAGGGAAGCUGAGGUUCAGAAGCUCGACCGUUGGCUCUAGCAGGUCGCACUGCUAAGAAACCAGACUCUGCUGACUUCAGCUCUGGCGCAGGGAAGGAAGGAGGGUAGACAGGAAAUGAGGGUCAGGAGGUGGCAUGCUAAGUUUACUCCAGUCUCUUGUCCCUUUGGAGGGGGGGCUGCCAGCCCUGCGGGUGGCUCAUCUGGCAGCUGAUCUGGGCAAAGGCUCCCCAAACCCUCCCUCCAUAUCCCACCCCCACCUGCCACUUAGCCAAGCCUUACCCGAUGCCUGGGAUGGGGUAAGUGCUCCAUAAGCCAUAGCUAUUAGGAUUAUAAAAUGCAGAAAAAAGACUGGAAGGAAGUACACCAAAUUAUUGAGAGAUUAGCCAUCGAGUGUGGGAUUAUAGGUGAAUUUUAUUUGCUUCUUUCGACUUUUCUGUGUUUUCCUAAUAUUUUUCAAUGUACGGAACAAAACCGUAAGUGUUUAGGAAGUCUGGGGGUCCCAGGUCUCCCCAGCUAGUGAGUAAAGCCAUCGUUCUUUAGCUAUUAAUGCCCACACAGGAAGGCUCUGAGCUUGUGGUCCUCACCUGGGGGCGACUUUGCCACCCCAGGGGACAUCUGGCAAUGUCUGGAGAUACUUUUUUUUUUUUUUUUUUUUUGUGGUACGUGGGCCUCUCACUGUUGUGGCCUCUCCCAUCGCGGAGCACAGGCUCCGGACGCGCAGGCUCAGCGGCCAUGGCUCACGGGCCCAGCCGCUCUGCAGCAUGUGGGAUCUUCCCGGAUCGGGGCACGAACCCGUGUCCCCUGCAUCGGCAGGCGGACUCUCAACCACUGCGCCACCAGGGAAGCCCUGGAGAUACUUUUGAUUGUUGCUACUUGGAGGAACAUUGCUGGCAUCUAGCAGGUGGUCAGGGACCCUGCUAAACAUCCUGCAGUGCACAGGACAGCCCCACACAGCAAAGAAGUGUCUUGUCCGAACGUCAGUGGUGCUGAGGUGGAGAAACCUUGCUUUUCCCACUCAGCAGUGAGAGCCCCACGGAGCUCCCCUUCUCAGAAGUUUUUGGAAACCCAGAGGGGCCUCUGUGUGGCCAUGAACUUGGUUGUUGAGUGUCCUUUUGGUGGCUGGAAGGCUGUAGCCCUAGCUGCCCAGGCUCUUGCCACUUGGGGGGCCCGCAGAGCCAGUGCCCCACGCCUGAGGCUGGCAAAAUAAGGAUGCUGUCGCUGAGCCUGGCAGGGGGACAGCCUUGGAACUGCUUUUCCUAGGAAAGAAGGAGAGAGGAACAGGCCCAGGACAGGAGACUGGAGAACCAAAGGGGCAAAGACUAGUCUCUUUCCCGGGCACAUGAACCCUGCGGGGGGGCGGGGCAUGGGCAGAUGAAUCAAGGUCCUCUCCUGUCUCAGCACUGCUUCUGGGCUGCCCCUCUCCCUUAGGGAAGUCCUUCCAGGAGACCCUGUUGUUCUGCCUUGUGUCUGGCCUCCAGGCCCCCUAGAGGGACAGGCUUCAAGGGAUUUCCCCCAGAGUUUCAGUGGGCCCUCAGCAAAUCACUGGAUACAAAUGAAUCUGUAGGACAGUGGGGUACCUAAUUCCACCAGCUGAAGCUUCUGGAACAAGACUCCUGCCCUGCUUGGACCCCCAUAUCACCUAUUGACAAAUGUGUUGGCUGGAUGAGUGCAGGAAAGCUGUCACCUCUCAUUCUCACUCUGCUCCGGCCCCAUGAGACUUCUUGUUCUUUCUUCCUCACAUGCUCCUGCCCCAGGACCUUUGCACUUGCUAUUCCUCUGCCUGGUAUCCUCUUCCCAGAUGUCUGCGUGACUGGCCUCUUCUCAUUCUUUACGUCUCAGCUUGCAUGUCACCUCUUCAGAGGGGCCCUCUCUGCAUCCCUGCCCCCAAUUUUUCUUGAGGACAACCCCAUUUUCCCCUUCCAGGCACAGAUGACCAUCUGGAGAGACGUUAUUGAUAUAUGGAUUUUUGCUUUGCAAGGGCGGGGGCCGCUGUCCCUCGCGUUCACUCUCUCCUUUGCACUGCACAGUGCCUGGCACACAGCUGGGGUUCAGGAAACAUUUACUGAAUGAACAAAUGGGCAAGGAAGGUUGGCGAGGGUGUGAGAAUGGAAGCAAGGCCAUGUGACUGGCAGAGACCAAGGGAGGCUUAGGUUUGAGGCUCAGAGUCAGGCAGACUGGGCUCGGAUCCCGCUCUGCUGUUUACAAGUUGCUGGACGUUGGGCAACUCUAACCUCUUGGAGCCUUAGCUUCCACACCUGAGAAAUGGGGAGAACAGUCCUUGCUAUUCGUACGGCUCUGACAUGGCUGGCACACUGCAGGGGCCCAGCUGGGCCCCACCCUGGAGGGAUAGUCCCUGGCUAUGGGGCAGACGUGGACCCUCUGAGGGGAACUGUGGGGCCUCCACGUCCCCCCAGGCCUGUCCCCUCGGCCCCUGUGGUUUGCCUAGCAACCCCCGCCCUGCUGAGCUCGCCGUCUUUUGGCCUAAAAUUAGCUCACAAAUUCCUUGGCUGCCUGGUCGGUGCUUCCAACUGACAAUUCAAACCAGAUGUUUCCAGCUGUCGGGGGCCCUUCCCCCAUGGCCAGCGCCUGCGUGUGCCCCGGGGAGGUCGGACCCUACCCAGGAGAAAUCAAUCCGCUACACUCACUCAGGGGCCCCUGCAGCGGGGCAGGUGGGGGCAGGAGCCAGCCUGGGCCUCUGGGCUCACCCCUCCAAGGAUGGGGGCCUCCUCGCCAGCUGACCCGCUGGUGGGUGAGGGCUGGGGUGGGUAAUUGCUCCGCCCUUUUCCGUCCAGGAAACUUAUGGAGCACCUACUGUAUGCCAGGCCUCCGUAUUCACUGCUGUCCAAUGCUGUGAGAAAGAUUGUCGGUCCGAGGUGCCACCUGUGUUGCUGUUGGUAUUAUUAGUGUAUGUAUUUAGUGCCAGGUACCAAGGCUCACUGCAUUCUCACAAUAACCCAAGGAAAUGAGUGUUACUAUUACCCCCAUUUUACAGAUGAGGGAACUGAGGCCCAGAGUGGUGGGCUGACUUAGCCCAAGGUCACCCAGCUCUGAAGCAGCAGGACCCAGAGGUCCCUGAAGGGCAGGUGGUCUCAGCUCACCCUGGGUGUGUUUUGCCUCCUUGCUGUCACCCCCAUGUGGCCCUGUCCCUCCUGGUAGAUGGAUCUGGGGGUUGUGGAAGACCCUCUCUGUCAGGCUGUCCCUGGGCUCAGGUGCAGAAGGCUGACUCAUGGCAGCUGCCAGGAGAGCUGGUUCAUUAGGGAGCCCCGGGGGCCAAGUUUCUGGUCCCAGCUGAGUCAGAAGCCAGCGGCCAGGGGAGAGCUGGGGAUCCGCAUGGGCUUCGAAGGGGCUUUAUGUGGAGCCCCUUCCACUCCCCAGAGGUGGGACCCAGAGCCCUCUCUUAGUGAAGGUCCUCAAGAGAAAGGGUACGUGUGGGUGGGUGUGUGUGUGUGUGUGUGUGUGUGUGUGUGUGGCAUCAGGGAUAAAGAGGAGAGGGGAUUGAUGCAGGGGGAGGAGAGGGUUUCACACACAUGGGGAACCAUGGUUGGCCUUCACUCAUAGAGCCAAAGCCCCUGCAAAUGUCCACAGAGGCCCGAUCUGGCCCUGGUGCCCUCCGACCUCACUUCCUCCUACUCUCCCGCUCACUCACUCUGCUCCAGCUUCAUUGGACACUUCUUUUUCACGCCUUGAAAAUGCCAGGUGCCCCUAACUCAGGACCUUUGCACUUGCUCUUCCCUCUGCCUGGACCGCUCUUCCUCUGAUCAUCUCCCUGACUCACUCUCUCACAUCCUUCAGGUCUUUGCUUGAACAUCACCCUUUCCCUGCUUUAUUUUCCUCCAUACCCCUUACCACCAUCUUCCAUACUGUAUAUAAUUACCAAGUUAUCUUUUUAAUCAUUUUCCAGUCCCACUAGAAUGCCAGCUCUGUGAGGACAGGGAUUUUCAUCUGUGUUGUUCUCUGCUGUAGCCCCAGUGCUUGGCACGUAGUACGUGCUCAAUAAGGAUUUGCUGAGAGAGAAGGGAGAAAGAGAAGGGAAGGACAGGAAAGAAGAAAGGAAGGAGGGGAGAAGAGGAAAGAUGGGAGAGAGGGAAGACGGGACAGACGAUCUCAGCAUAAAGUGAGGGGACAGAGAGAAGGAGACACAUGAGACGAUGUACUGAGUGUUUGGGUGACUUAGGGUCCCUGAAGUCCAGCUCCAAGCCCUCCCCACUUUGCCCCUCUGCUCAAAGACAGGCAGCCCCCCCAACCCAGUUCCAACAGUGCUGCAAAGGCAGUUCAGAAGAAUCAUCUCAAUUCCUGCUCGUCACGGAGGGGGGGGAUGGGUAGCGUGGGCCCCUGGGGAGUGCCCGCCCGAGGGCACCCCGUGGGCAGCUGGCAGAGCAGGAGAGCAAGGCCAGGUCUGCAGCCGGUGGUGCGUGUUUACAUUCCUGCCCUCCAAGAUGGCUCUCAUGUAGGGUGCACGGAGCUGCUCCUUUCACAGGGCCCUGGGGAAUGUAAAUGUUUACAAGGCAGCGUACAGCUGGCCGGGCCACCGUGGCCACAGGAAGCCAAGGAUCCUACUGGCUCUGGUGUCGCCCCCCCGCCCCCCCCAAAAAAGAGAGAGAUGCAGUGUUCUUAAUUUUUAAAGAAAACUUUGAGUCAUAACCUACGUAAAGCACGACCAUCUGAAGUGUGCAGCUUGAUUUUUCUGUGUGCCUGUGGCCACAUAACCGCCACCCAGACAUUGUACGUCUGCAGCCCCAGAAGUUUCCUUUGUGUCUCUUUCCAGUGAACACUCCCCAAGGGUAACUGCUUUUCUGACUUCUGUCCCCAUAGCUUACUUUUGCCUUUGUUCUAGAACUUCCUGUAAAUGGAAUCACCCAGUCUGUGUUCGACUGGGUCCAUUUCUUUUGCUUGGUGUGUCUAUGAGAUUCAUCCAAAUUGUCCACCUCCCAUCUUUUCCUUCCACUGGGGGAAAGUGUCGACUGCAUGGACCACAGUCUGUUCAUCCAUCCUCCUGUUGGUGGACUUUUGGGUCCUUGCCAGGUUUUUUUGCUAUUGUGGAUAAAACGACUAUGGACAUUUUUGUCUUUGUGUGAAUGUGUGUUUUCAUUUCUCCUGGGGAAAUACCGAGAGAAGACGUUGCUUCUUCUCUCAUCUGGGAAGCACAUGGUUAACUUGAUAAAACCCACCAGACUGUUUUCCAAAGUGGCUGUGAUAUUUUUCUCCCCCCCGUGGUGGUGGGUUGUUUGCUGGGGUGGGCAAACAAGUGGAAAACUCACUUAGAAUCACAGAGAGAGAGGUUGGAGGAGCCUCCACUGACCAUUCCUGGUGCAGGAAGGGAAACUGAGGCCCAGGUCACACAGUGCAUGAGGGACAGAGCCAGGAGCGAAGAAGGCAGGUCUCUCAAUUUCCAAGCUCGAACGACUCCUUGGUGAGAACCGAUCAGCACCCCGUCUGGUUUCCCUGCAAGAGGCCUCAUGCCAAGCCCUUUUCCACCACAGGGCCUUUGCAUUUGCUGUUUGUUUCCUUGGCCCAGGAAGCUGUUCCUCCUGCUUCUUGAGUGCUUGAUUCCUCUUAUCCUGCAGAUGUCAGUGCUGAUACCUCUUCCAGGAAGCCAGCGCUGACCACAAUUGCUAAAAUAGCUGCCCGGACACCUGCCCCUGCCCCUUCCCAAGCUAUUUCCUGUCUCCUCGGCCUUUUUAUCUCCUUGAUAGCAUUUUGCAGUGUUAGGUUGUCUUUCUGAAUUGCCAGCUGACUUGCUUCUCAACUGUCUCCCCUGAUAGGAGCUCCCUGAGACAGAGCAAAAUUAUGUCAGUGAAUCCCCUCCCUGGGCCUCAGUUUCCCCAUCUAUAACAUGGUCAGGUUGGACUAGAGUCAUUCAGCCAGUGGAGGGGCAUUUACUGAGCACCUACGGUGUUCCAGGCACUGGUGCUGGGGAUACAGUGACAGAAAAAGCCCUCGUUCUGGACCAGAGAAGCUGACAGUCUAGAGGCACAUGGAAACAGGCCCUUACAGGCCAGUGUACUCUAGGCAGGGAACGGGGGUGCAGGAGCAUAGAGAAAGCUGCUGAUCUCCCUCCCCAGAGGCUGGCGUUCCGGGAGGGCUUCGUGGAGGUGGUGAUGACUGAGCUACAAGAUGUUGCAGGUGGGUCAGGCACGGGGGCCCGUGGAGGGCAGCGCUUAGGCAGAGGGGACAGCCCGAGCGGAGGUUCAUCAGCGUCUCUCUCAUUCACAGCUCUCUCUGGGCCUGGCACAGUUCCUGGCACAUGGAGACACUUGGGAAAGAGCUAGGGAAUAAAAGAACAUAUCUAGUUUACAGAUGGGGAAACUGAGGCCUGGGGAGGUUUCACACACUCUCUGCCUCCUUGGAGCCCCCGACUGGAGGCCUCUGCUCCAUGGGUGUCCCCCCGAAGGCCAGGCCUGUGCUGUGAUGGAGCUGCAGCCUGGGCCUCUCAGCCACAUGAAAGGCUUGGGAUAUUUUUGCCCAGAGAGCAGGCCCCAGUGGCCUCGGGGGCUGUAUAAUUAUAAGUGGCUCUGAGCCCACAAGAGGCUGGAGCUGGGGGCUGCGGUGGGCCAGGCGGCCCUCCGCAGGCUCAACCCGGGGAGGACUCUGGCAGAGACUCAAGUCCGGGUGAGGUUUUCCCUCCUCCUCGGCCCUGGCUGUUCAGCGGGGUGGGGGGACACGGUGGGCACAGGGUGGGGUCUCUGAAUCGCUUCAAGGCUGGGCAGGCGACCCAUUGCUCUCUGCCUCUGAACAUGCAGGUCGCAAGCGAGUGGCCCGGCCCUCUCCAUACCCCAGGCCUGCCCCUGCCUUGGAGCCACGGUGCUGCGGGCUAUGGGGGUCACCCGGGCCAGACCCCGCAACAGGUCCUAGAGCUGGAGAAUGUGGACCGUGAGUCCCUCAGGACGGAUGAGGAGUGGCUAGAGCCUGGGAAUGUGAGUGGAGGGCAGAGUGGUCAUUGACAUGGCAUCAAGCAUUUAUUGAGCACCUACUGUGUUCCAGGCACUAUCCUAGAUGCUGGAGUUAAGGCGGUAUUCAAAACAGGCAAAGUUCCUGGACCCCAUACACCUAGUUCAUCUAUUCAAUAAUCUUCAGGAACUGCUCUGAAGGUGCUGGGUUCCCAUCUACCUCAGGGCCUUUGCACGUGCCAUUCUCACUGCUAGGAAUCCUGUCACACCCUUGCCUUCCUAAAUACCUCCUCAUCUUCAUGAGUGACUCUACUUUCACCUCCUCAUGGAGGUCCCCAGGAGCUCCAGGACCAGACUAGUCCCCCCAGACUGGCCUCCCAUAGCCCCAGAAAUGCCCCAUCCCAACUCUUAGCUCAGUUUGCAGUCAGAUAUUCAUUUCUUUGUUUACUUGCUUAUUGCAGGUCUCCUCUCUUGGUGCCUGUGUUUGCUCAUCACUGUCUUCCUGGGCCUGACACUGGGCUGGGUGUAAAAUCGAUGCUCAAGAAAUGUUUGUAGAAUGAAUAAAAUUUAGAAUGUUACAGCAUUGGAACCUUACCACUGGAAGGCUUGUGGUGGGCAUCUAGACUGACCCCACAUUUAGCUGCAGCCCAGAGAGGGGCAGAGGUUUGCCCAGCCACCCACAGCUGAUGCAUGAGGGGGGGUUGGAACUCAGGGGUCCUUCUUUCUCCCAUCAGUGACUGACAUUUCGCUCUUCUGUCCUCAGGUAGAAGGUUGAGAUGUUUGGCUUAAGGAGAUCAUGUGUGUCUUUGUGUGUGUGUGUGUGUGUGUGUGUGUGUGUGUGAGAAACAUGGUCUGAUAGCAUUUUAACGGGGUCACCAGCCUGGCAAUUUCACUUCCAGAUAAGACACAGAGGGACUGGUGAAGAAGCAAGGGCUCUGAUCCCCAACAUGCUGUUGGAUCCCAGGUAGGUCACGCCACCAUGAACCUCAGUUUCCACAUCUGUUGAAUGGGCUUUGCUUACUCAUUCACCUCUCUCCCCGCAGGGUCUUCUGGAACCCGGUGGGUUUGACGCACAAUGAUAGGUUCUAUGGGGGGAGGAAAACCCAGUGCUUUGGCGGGUGGAGGAUUCCAGCCAGCUCUGCAGGGAACAAGUAAUCAUAGGCAACCGUGGUGUGAGAGACAGAAGAAUGCCCUACCCCCCACCCCCACAGAUGUCCACAUCCCAGUCCCUCAAAACUGUAAUAUGAGUACGUCACCUUACCUGGCAAAAGGGAUUUUUUUUUAACAUCUUUAUUGGAGUAUAACUGUUUUACAAUCGUGUGUUAGUUUCUGCUGUAUAACAAAACGAAUCAGUUAUACAUAUACAUAUGUUCCCAUAUCUCCUCCCUCUUGCAUCUCCCUCCCUCCCACCCUCCCUAUCCCACCCCUCUAGGUGGUCACAAAGCACAGAGGUGAUCUCCCUGUGCUAGGCGGCAGCUUCCCACUAGCUAUCUAAUAUACAUUUGGUAGUGUAUAUAUGUCCCUGCCACUCUCUCACUUCGUCACAGCUUACCCUUCCCCCUCCCCAUAUCCUCAAGUCCAUGCUCUAGUAUGGCAAAAGGGAUUUGCAGGUGUGAUUAAGUUAAGGCUCUUAAGGAGCUGAUCCCGGAUUAUCUGGGUGGGUCCAGUAUCAUCACAAGGGUCCUUAAAAGUGGAAGAGGGAUUGGAAGAGAGAAGCAGAGAGGUGGCAGCGUGAGAACUCAGACCCUGCAGCUGACUCUGAAGAUGGGGGAAGAGGACUGUGAGCUGGGGAAUGCAGGCAGCUUCUAGAAGCUUGAAAAGGCACAGACUCAGAUUCUCCCUGUGAAGACUCUGGGAUAAAGAAAGCCCGGCCGACACCUUGAUUUUAUCCCAGUGAGACCCAUUUCUGACUUCCAGCUGCCAGAACACUAAGAUAAUAAUGGUGUGUGGUUUUAAGUCACCAAGUGUGUGAUAAUUUGUUAUAGCAGCUGUAGGAAACUUAUACACUUGGCACCUGGCCAAUGCUUUUGUAUUGUCCAGCACGUUUACACCCUCUGACUCUUGAUUUUCCCAGCAGCCUUGUGAACAGAAGAAAUUCUCUAUCCUCAUUUCACCAAUGAUGAAAGAGGCUCCCCAUGGGGCAGGACCUGGUGAAGGCAGACCUAGAACCUGGGUCUCUCUGUCUCCGGUCUGGGGCUGCUCUGGCCCCAAAGGAGGAACACAGAAUGGGACCGCGACUUCAUCUGGGGCCUCUGGGCCACCCGUGCUGGAAGCAGGCCCUGUUCAGGUUCCAGGCACCAUGGUUUCCAUGGCCGCCCCCAGCCUCACUGUGUCUCUGCUGCUGCUCCUGCGGGUCCUGCCCACGGCGUCCUACUCCGUGUCCCUGCGGGCUACCUUCCUGGAGGACACAGGGGGCAGCGGGGAGGCCGAGGGUGCGUCGGCCUCCUCCCCGAGCCUCCCGCCGCCCCGGACCCCAGCCCUCAGCCUCACAUCGAUGGGGCCCCAGCUCACGCCCCUGGCAGGCCCCGAGCCCCCCACCAACUUCCUGGACGGCAUCGUGGAUUUCUUCCGCCAGUACGUGAUGCUCGUCGCCGUGGUGGGCUCCCUGGUGUUCCUGCUGAUGUUCACCAUCUGUGCCGCUCUCAUCACCCGCCAGAAGCACAAGGCCUCUGCCUACUACCCCUCAUCUUUCCCUAAGAAGAAGUACGUGGACCAGAGUGACCGGGCCGGGGGCCCCCGGGCCUUCAGCGAGGUCCCCGACCGGGCCCCCGACGGCCGGCCCGAGGAGGCCCUGGAUUCCUCGCAGCAGCUCCAGGCCGACAUCCUCGCCGCCACCCAGAACCUCAAGUCUCCCGCCAGGGCCGCCCCGGGCAUGGGAGACGGAGCCAGGAUGAUGGAGGGCAAGUCGGAGGAAGAGGAGAAAGGCAGCCGAGAGGCAGACCAGGAAGCCCAGGGACAUGGGGUCCCGGCAGAGAAACCGGAGGUGCCGCCAGAGGAGCCCUGCUCAGCGCAGGUGGAUGGGGCUCUGGCAGCCGCUGAAGGUCAAGGAGAGCCAGAAGCAGCUCCCUCAUUGGCCCCCGAAGCUGGGGGCCCGGCCGGUUCCCUCGAAAACCCCUGUGCUUGUGGCAGUGUCCCCCCCAGCAUCUAACAGGCCUCUAGGGCUGCCGGCCCUGAUUGUCGGACCCCUGGUGGUCACCUCCUUGGGCACAGAAAGGUCCUCGGCCUUUACCGUGCUCUGACACCCCCUACUCGGCCACUCCCCGCUGCAAAUCCCGGCAUGUCUGAUCCUACUACAGCAGGCAGAGAUGCUGGUGUCUGUUCCACCCUCAGGAAUCUCAUUGACUUCGAGAACAUUUGUCCCCGCAGCCCCAAGGGCUACAUCCCAAAGUACAGCUCCUCUGGGGAGAUGGAGCUGAGGAUGUGUCCCCGUCACAGCCACGUCCGCUGGAAAACAUAUGUCUCAGGUCCCUUGUGACAAUGCAAACAUCGCUGCUUUCCAUCGAGGGAGGAAAGAGAAAGAGAAUGACUGGGAGUUUUGGAAGAGGUUGAACAGACGGGAGAUGCAGAGGUGCCUGGGGUUGAAGAGGGUAGAGGUACCGCAGAAGGUCAGUCAGGAAGCUUCCGUGAGGGGCCCUGCACCGAUCACGACAGGUUCCUAAGUGAGCAUUUCCCAAACUGGGUUCCCUGGAAGAAAGAUUUUGAGGUCCAGUGAAAGAAUUGAGGAAACAUUGCUUCUCUGCUCUGCGUACCCCCCUUGGAGCCCCCCCCCAAGGCUCUGACAAGUCCCGCAGUAAAGGUGCCCAUGGAAUCUGAUUUCGCUUAGCCUUUCCCCAAAAAGCUUUUGGCCGCGGAGUACUUUUGUUUUUGUUUUACAGCUACAGAGUAAAAUCCUGAAGAGAACACUCUGGAGGUUACAGCUCCCGAUGUUCUCCAGGGAUCCCCCUCCCCAGUUCCUGGUUGGUCCGGGGUGAAGGCUGUGGAGGGGGAGGCUCAGCCUCUCAGGGGCUGCCUCUCAUCCUGCUACUGCUGCGGGCAUGGGGCAAAUGAAUUUUAUUGCCAGGGCCCCAAAGCAACCUAGAAGUGGUGGGGGGCAGGGCUGUGUGUGAGGGGACCCCACGCUGGGGGAAUCUGAGGGGAUCAGGGAGGGUUUCCAACAGGCUGGAGCAGGGGGACCCUGCCCCCCUGCCCUUCACACACACACACACACACACACACACACACACACACACACACACAUCUGGGUUUCCAACAGGCUGGAGCAGGGGGACCCUGCCCCCCUGCCCUACACACACACACACACACACACACACACACACACACACACACACACCUGGCAGCCUGUGCCCAUAGCAUUCUUUAGUCUUCGACAAGGGAGCCUGAGCUCCGUCCUGAUUUGGGGAGGCUCUUGGGGGGGGGUUCCUCUUCCCCAUCCCUCCGUCCGCCCUCCCCCCAACCUCUGCACAACUCUCCAGGUGCUGGGAUAUAACAAACUAGCACAAUAAACCUUUAUUCUGG